CACUGCCUUGCACCUAAAAAGAAAACGAGAUAGGCUAUGAUAUCCGUCAACAAACAAGUUUAAUCCAGUGUGUCGCUCGCAUUGAUGUUGCCAUGGCGAACAACUACGAGCUAGUGCGGCCGAUAGGCCAGGGCGCGUUCGGGAAGGCGUUCCUGGCGAAGGCGCGAGACGGGAGCGCGCGUCAGUGUGUGGUGAAGGAGAUUAACCUGCGGAAGAUGUCUGCGCGAGAGAGAGAAGCGUCUCAGAAGGAAGUUGUGCUGCUCUCCCAAAUGAAACACCCCAACAUCGUCAGCUUCAUCACGUCCUACCAGGAGAGAGGUUGCCUCUACAUAGUGAUGGAGUAUUGUGAUGGGGGCGACCUAAUGAAGAGGAUUCAUAUACAGAAAGGACAACUGUUUUCUGAAGAGCAGAUUAUGGACUGGUUUGUGCAGAUCUGUUUGGGCCUGAAGCACAUCCAUGACAGGAAGGUCCUGCACAGGGACAUUAAAGCACAGAACAUUUUUCUGGCGCAGGGUGGCCUGAAGGUGAAAUUGGGGGAUUUUGGGAUCGCCAGGAGACUGAGCAGUACUCUGGAGUUGGCCCGUACGUGUGUGGGAACCCCUUAUUACCUCUCCCCAGAGAUCUGUAACAACAAACCUUACAACAACAAGACGGAUGUGUGGUCUCUAGGCUGUGUCCUCUAUGAACUCUGCACUUUAAAACAUCCGUUUGAGGCGUGCAGUCUCAGGCAGUUAGUAGUUUGCAUCUGUAGGGGGCGCUAUGCUCCUGUGCCCGCCCACUACACCUCCGGCCUGAGACAGCUGAUUGGCCAGCUCUUCAAAGUCCCGCCCAGAGAGCGCCCGUCAAUCAACUCACUGCUCAGACUACCAGUGCUAGAGUCUCGCAUCAAACUACACUUACCAACAGAGAUACUUCAUGAGGAGUUCAGUCACACAGUUCUGCACAACCAGAAACCAACUGGACCCAGACAUCCUCAGAGACCAGCGCAGGUUCUGCAUGUGUGA